AUGAAACUAGUCAAGAUCUGCGGCUUGCAAACUACAAAAGCAGCAGAAACGGCAAUCCUCAACGGCGCUGACUUCGUGGGGUGCAUCCUCGUGCCCAAUAGAACACGCACCAUCGCGAACGACGUCGCGAUCCAAAUCUCCAACUUAGCCCACCAUCGCCGGCCCAAAUCCAUAUCGCAAAUUAUCAACGACAUCAACCUGCACAACUUCACCACCGCGGAAUCAUAUUUCGAGUACAUCAAGCUGGAGAUAGUUGAGAAUGGGCCGUUUAUAGUGGGAGUGUUCCGCAAUCAGCUGAUGCUGCACGUGUUGCAACUGGCGAAGGAGCUCCAGUUGGACUUUAUCCAAUUGCACGGCGACGAGGACAAGAUGGAGUGGAUUGAGAAAUUCACGGACGCGGGGUUUGGCGUGGUGCCACGAUACGUUAUACCUCGUGACGUUGAGCAGUUGAAAUCGGACACGGCGAAGAUGAUGGAGAUGGGCGCGUUGUGCUUACCCCUCGUGGACUCAGAUCAAGGUGGCGAAGGAAAAUUGAUAGAUUGGGAUUACGUGAGCGAUAAUUUGGGGUUUACGCGGGUCUUGCUUGCUGGUGGAUUGAACCCCGAUAAUAUCAGCGACACCAAACGGGUUAACAAUGUCAUUGGGUACGAUGUGAGUGGCGGGGUAGAGACUGAUGGCGAGAAGGACUUGGUCAAGAUUACACGGUUUAUCGUCAAGGGCAAAGCUUUAUAG